AUGCCUCCCAAGAAGCUUUCCAUCUCCCAGAUCCGAGCACAGAGCCGGAUGCGAAGCGAUGAUCCGGAUCUGAAUCGUUCCUCUUCCUACAAUAGAGGCUCCAGUUCCAGUUCCAGCUCGAAUAGAGCAAGCCAAAGCUACCGAACGGUUGCUUCUUCUUCUUCCUCUGGCCCUCGAGCAAGCUCACGUCCUAGCAAUCCUGGCGCCGCCAAAAGACCGAAGUGGCCACCACAACCCAAAACGAGUGCACGCAUCCUACACAUCCAGCAAGACGACAUCGAAGAGACUAGAGUCCAGAAUCUUUUUGCUCCUCAUUCACCUACUCGGCGUCAGAACGUCUCCUAUCGUCCCCUCACCUUGACACAGCAAGCUCUGCGUGAUGGAGAUGCCUUUCGCCUUCCCUCCCUCAGCAGCCUCUGCUGCAGCGUCAUAGCCUCCUGCUUUGACGCUCUUCUGCCAUCCCGUGACCACUUCCAGGCUGCUGCAGGGACUAGCGCAUCAAUCUCCACUCCCAACAAGCCAAUCAAGAAUGCACACACGCUGAAAAAGAGUUCAGGCACUCGCAAACGCUCAAGAGCAACAGCUUUCGGCGCAGCCCCCAAUUCAGACGAGGAUCAAGAGGAUUACCUUCCAAGUGAUCAAGAGACUCCUCCAGCAAAUCCAGCAAAGCCAUCGGCUCGAGCAACACGCAACCAUACUAGCGCUUCCACCACAGCAAACCGUGAUAGCCGCGGCGGCAGUAGCUCAAAUCGGCUCCUCGCCGGCUGGACCACUUCAGAGUUGCACUAUCUCACCCGCAAGACCUCAGAACAUCUCAAACUGCUCUCUCCCGCCGCCUCGUUCCUCCUCUUCCGUGCUCUUGCCGAGCAAGCACCGCAGUAUCUCACCAAGACUGUGGUCAGCAACUUCUUCCUUCCACCCAUCCUCAACUCUUCAUCCCGUGACAUCACCACUGCAGCUUCUAGAACCCACGUCUGGCUACCAGCUUCGAUACCUUUGCUCUCCCACGAUAAGUCGGCUGCCUCGUUUCUCGUCGCUCAUCUCAACAACGCUCUCUCCUCGGCAGGCGAGCAUCGUCGGCCUCCAUCUCUCUCGCAGAGUGCAGACGAUCAAGAUGUACCUCUCGCUGCGCUACCCUCCCGCAUUCUGAUGGCCCAACCAGCUUCCUUUGCUCUCCGAUCUUUGCAGCUUCACGGACUUACUCGCUUGCAGGAUGCCACCAUCGCUCACUUUUUUGAGACGGCCAUCCCGAGGUCAAAGGAGCAAGAUCCGAUACUGCGACUUGAUCUCGUCUCUCUCCGUGGAUGCAUCGCUAUAGGCGACCGCACUUUGGAUGCUAUCUGCCGCUCCACCGGCACCACCCUGCGCUAUCUAAACCUCGACUUGACCGACAUCACCGCAGAUUCGGUCGCAUCCAUCAUGAAGCUCGCUCCUAACCUUGAUACCCUCAAGCUGGGCUACAACGAGAAUCUCUCGGACAAAACGCUCCAAGUAGCUCUACAAGCCCCAGCUAGUGGCGCCCUUCCUUUCUCGAAACUGGUCAACCUGAGGUUGAGGCAGUGCACGCAGGUGGCAGAUGCUGGUGUAGCGUGCUUUCUCAAGUAUGCGCAUAGGACGUUAGAGGUCUUGGAUAUCUCUGGAACUGGUGUCGGAGGUACAAAUCCGCACAAUCCCGACUUUUUGAUUCUGCUUACCUUCUUCUUCCCGCUUGGUGUGCCGUCUGUGCACGAUGCGCACUCGAUCUUAUCGCUGAGGAAACUCAAUUUGCUGGAUACAAACAUCCACUAUCCGUCGCUGAUCAGGAUCAUCGAUCGAGCACCCAACAUGGACACACUUCUCAUACGUCAAACUCCCAGUCGCACUACACGAGAUGGAACGAUUGAAUUGCUUGAAAAGCUCACUUCCGCUCCAAGUGACGGCGGUUGGCGGAACAGGUCGUGGAAAAGACUGCAUUUCAAGAUUCUGGAUGUUGGAGACGAGUUUGCGGAUCUGUUCCCUCGUCUGCUUUCUAUCUUUCCACAACUUCAUCUGCACAGUCUCAAAUCGAGCCAAUCCCUAUCUAACAUGUUUUUCCUGGAACCCGAUCAGAUCGAUUCGUCAUCCACCAUCGUCCAACAUCUUAACUUGCCGGAUGCUAGGCUAUCAGAGCGCGCUUGGCAGUUUUUACCACUCAUCACUACGCUAAGGACCUUGGACGUCAGUAAUACUGCUGUUCCUGGUGAGUUGCAGCCGUUUUUUCUUUCCACUGCAUUAUAA